AUGGAGAACCGGGAUGAGAACCACAUUCCAGGUACGGACUUUAUCUUCAAGCAGGAUAUCAGAGAGAGUGAUAACCUGCGCACUGAUGGAGAUAUUGUGCUUGUACCGCAGCCGACCAAUUCACCUAAUGACCCUCUGAAUUGGUCCAAGCCCCGCAAGUACUGGCAUAUGCUGUUAGUUUUGAUCGUGACAGGAUUGACUGCUGCGACAUCUAAUAGUGCCAGUGCUGCGCAGAAUUCCUUAGUGGAUGAGUAUGGGUUCUCCUGGGGAGUUUUCAAUACCGGUGCCGGAGUACUAUUCAUUGGCAUCGGCUACUGGACUUUGUUAAGCUCGCCCAGUGUAUUUCUAUGGGGUAGCCGUAUCAACUACAUUGUUGGCUUGCUUCUAGGCAUAAUUGGUGCUGCAUGGUAUGCGAACGUCAAGACAAAUAGCGAUGCUAUUUGGAGUCAACUUUUUGCUGGCGCUUCAGAAGCAGUGGCUGAAGCAGUCGCCCAGCUUUCGUUGACGCAGAUUUUCUUUCAGCACCAGGCAUCCGAAGCCCUUGGUUUGUACAUUUUGGCGACAUCAGUAGGCACAUUUUUGGGGCCUAUGAUCGGUGGCUAUGCCGCCGACAACCUAGGAUGGCAGUGGGUGGGCUACCUUGGACUUAUCACCUCCGGCUUUAUGCUUGUGGUGGUUUACUUCGGUCUAGAGGAAACCUACUUUGAUCGUAAACAUUACGAACUCUGUCAUCCUAGUCCGGUUGCGCAGCGUGCUGCUGCCCACACCGUUUUGGAAGAUACAAAUUUGGUUGGUGAGAAGAAAGCGCAUGGAGAGAAACCAGGACAAGAAGAACAUCACUUCCAUCCGACUCUUAUUCCCUCCUCGUUAUCUGCCGAACAGAGUAGGAUCACCACCACCUACGAUGACUCUGUGAUCAGCGAUAGCCACUUGGAAAAGGCAGAGUAUGUCGAUCCGCCGAAAUCGUACUGGAAACGUAUUGCUCUUAUCACUCCCGCGGUUAACUUGAAGGGCUGGGGAUUCAAGCAGUAUGCUCACCGUUUGUGGCUGACACUCCGCGUGUUCAGUUUUCCAGCUGUAAUCUAUUCCGGUCUGCAAUGGGGUGCCCAAGACGCUUGGCUCACUUUCUAUAUUACGGCUGAGGACGACUACUGGGCAGAUGCUCCUUGGCACUACAGCGAUGCAGGUGUCGCGAUAAUGAAUAUUCCAACCCUAAUUGGUGCUGUUAUCGGCUGCUUCUACGGAAGUUACUGUGCGGAUUGGUUCGUGUUGUGGAUGGCUCACAGGAAUAAAGGUGUGCGCGAGGCGGAAAGCCGUCUGUACUUUUUGCUAUUGCCGGGACUUAUUGCCCCAGCGGGUAUGUUCUUAUUUGGUAUUGGAACCGAGCAUGGCUGGUCAUGGCCGCUACCUUACGUGGGACUUGGUUUCAUCGGGUUCGGCUGGGGCUGUGCAGGUGAUAUCUCAAUGAGCUACCUUGUCGACUGUUACCCAGAAAUGGUUUUGGAGGGCAUGGUUGGUGUAUCUGUUAUCAACAACACACUUGGUAUGAUCUUUUCUUUUGUCUGCGACACUUGGAUGGAUGCGUCCGGCCCUCAAAACACCUUCAUUGCCAUUGGCGUUUUGGAAUUCUUUUUCAUGGUAAUCAUGAGUAUUCCUAUGAUCAUCUGGGGUAAAUCUUGCCGUAAAUGGACAAGGGGGAUGUACUACUCUUUCAUCGACGCCCGCGACAACUUGGACAAGUAUCCCCAAACCCGAGGCGAUGUUUCUGCAGAGUCUUGUUCUGUCUCCUCCUGCACAGGUGAAUCGGAUUGUCCGACGACAGCUAAAUAA